AAUGUCAAAAAUGUUUCAAAAUUGGAAGGCAUUUCUGGGCAUCGCGCGAAAACAUACGAAAUCCAUCGCUGGGCGGGAGGGAACCGAUCGCUUUGACCUGGAACUCCAGUUUGUGUUUACGUUAAGCACACACGUCAUACAUCAAAGCUGCAUUAGGCUGAAACCCGUGGCUGUACGUUUGUCCGUGCGAACCCUGACAAUCUGCUGAACCAUAACGAGAGCCCUGGCCAGCAGCUGUUGAAGAAAAUGGCUGAGGAGCCAGCGAAUCUUCCCGACCUGCUGACAGAAUUCGCGGGAAUCACGGGUGCGAGCGAGCUUGUAGCGGAGCAUUACCUUAGCGCGUGCAACUAUGACCUUAACCGGGCGGUCGAGUUCUUCUUCGAGCACCCGCCCGCGCCCAACCAGGCCCCGCCAGCGGCCGGCGGCGGAGCCGCCGCCAGAGGCGGCGGCGGCGGCGGCGGCGGAGCCGGGACACGUGGCGGAUCCGGAUCCGGUCCUGAUGACGACGAUGACGACGAUCUCAUGGGCGUGGAAGGCGGGGAAGCAGCAGCAGGCACGCGCGGCAGCGGCGACGGCGGCGGUACAGCCGGGGGCGGCGGCGGCGUCUUCGGCGUGACGGGCCGCGGCGUGGGCAGGGGCGUGGGCUCGGGGCCUGCCGGUGUGGGGGACGAAGACGAGGAGCUGCAACGCGCGCUCGCGGCGUCGCUGGGGCAGGAGCUGCCGCCGGGCCCGCGCGCCGGGGCGGGAGGCGGCGGCGGCGGCGGCAGCCGGCGCGUUGCGUCGCGACCCGCGGAGCGUCUGGACGACCACAAUGACGUGAUUGCUGAUGAUGAUGACGACGAUGACGACGCCGAGCUGCCUGGCGCCGACGACCUGCUGGAGGCCAUGGCGGCGCAGCGGGAGAGGAGCCUGGCCGCGGAGGCGGCGGCCCGGCAGCGCAUGGACGAGAUGAUGGAGCAGAUGCUAGGCGGAGGAGGCGGCGGAGGCGUAGGCAUGCUGCCGCCUGGUUUCCCGGGCGGCCUGGCGGGGUCGCGGCCCGGCGGCGGCCGCCACCGGCAGCAGGGCACGGGGGCGUACGGCGUGGCGGAGGACGAGGAUGAGGACAUGGGGGUGGGCGGCCCGGUGGGCGGGGAGGACGGGUUUGGGUUUGGCACGCCCGCCGGCACGGCGGGCCGCGGGCCGGCGCCGCGGCGGCGGGUGGAGGUGCGGCGAGGCGGCGGCGGCGGCGGCAGUGGCAGCGGGGCAGGCGGUGGCGGCGGUUCAGGGGGAGGAGGCGGCGGCGCAGGUCAGGGCGGGCAUGCGGCGGCGGGGCCAGAUGACCUCGAUGAUCUGGAGCUGCCGGAAGGCAUGAGCCGCGCCGAGCUGGAGGAGGCUCGCAUGAUGGAGGCGGCCAUGCUGGGGGUGCCUUACGAGGGCCGCAUGCCCGACUUCAGCAGCCGGGCAGGGGCGGGGGGAGGAGGCGGCGGUGACAGGGGCGCGCGCGAGGCCAGCGCGGCGGCGGCGGCGGCCAACCCGCACCUGGCCGAGCACCGGGAGCUCAGAUACGACCAGGUGGAGGCGGGGGCGGAGGCGUGUGGGUGGGGGGUGGGUGGGUAGGAGGUGGCGUGGGUGGGUGGGUGGGUGGGUAGG